CUCGCCCAGGCGCCUCACCGUCAUGUGGAGAUGAAUAUCUGUAUCUUCGUGGUGUUGGUGUUACUCUUGGAGACGCACUGUCGCCCUCUGGCGCAGGACGUUCUCGCAGGAGAGGAAUUCCUAGCCGUGUUCAUGAGAAGUCACCGGCCAAGGUCCACCUACCGUAAGACGACGACGACACAGGUGACGACAGAGCAGACCACUCCGUCCAUACCAACGGCGACGGAGCCCAUCCCCACUACCUUGGAGACGGAGCCACCCAGCGUGGUCUCGGUGAGGGUCAGCUCUUCGGUGAGGAAGGAAGCAGUCCACGAACCGCUUCACGAACCGAUCCACGAGACGGUCAGCGCGGCAGCUCAGAGGAGCCACUUCUCAGUGGAGUCAUCAGGCUACCGAGAGGCCUCGGGCCGGCGGGAGGAGGACUCCGUGGCCGAGGCCAGCCAGGACGUGCCACUGGAGAGCCUUCAUGUCGAGGAGAACAAGCCCGUAGCAGAAGCGCUUACUCUCGAAGAGUCAGGAGUACAUUACGAGUCCAGGGUUUCGAGCGAAACCUCCCACAGUAGGAUUUAUUUUAGUCAACCCAAGCUACCCACUCAAUCACAUUUAGUUCAACCAUCAAGUCAAGCAAAUAGAAAAUAUCAUCCUCUGCCACCGCUGCCUGAAGAAGAACCGAAGUAUGAACGACAGAUAUUGACGCAAGCUUUUUCGCAGGAUAAUGGUGAUAGGAAAUACGGACCAGAAAUCAUACUCACACAGACCCACCAAGAAAGUAAAAACUCACCUCACAUCAUCUUCACCCAGGAUGAGCAGGAACACAAAAGCGCUGAUGACUCUAGCAAAUUCGAACCUGAAGUCAUUGUGACCCGACAAGAAACUAAAUACGGUCCAGAAAUAGUAGUAACGCAGACACAAAGUGAAAGCAAGUACACUCCUGAACUGUUUGCAACACAAGCGCAAACAGGGUCGCAGCCCGAAAUCAAUAGUUCCGAAGAAGAAAGCAGAGCGGAGACAGUUAUAAGUCAAACUCAGGAAACUAGAAAGUACGUAGGUCAGAAUAGAGAGCAGAGGCAAUACACGCCGCAGACGCAAUCCCAGGAACGUUCUCAGGAUGGGUCCUUCGGGGGGCAGGCAUCGUCUGCAGAGUCAGCCGAACAGUAUAAGAGCCAGCCUAACGAACAGCAGGCAGAGAGGAACUACGAACAGCCAGAACAGAAUUACGAAGUGGACGAGGCUAUAUCUGUGAUGACGAAUGGGCGCGCCCAUGGUGUACAGACCGAAAGCCCCAGCAGUCACAAAUUCGGUUUCGUUCAAGAGGGUAGAAAUUACAGAAAGUAUCGAGUGGAGGAGAAGACUCCGGACGGGUUCAUCGUCGGGGAGUACGGGGUGGUGAACCACGACGGAGGUGGUAUACGAGGAGUAAGGUACACGGCUGAUGGAAGCAUCAGCCCAAGGCUCAUCUACGAGGCUCUGGUGAAGUUCCUCUCCCUGAAGUGAGUUCCUAUCUCGGCUGGGGCGGCGACGCUAGCCCUUGCUGCGCCAGCCGCGGACCCGGUCCUUGGGGGCUCGCCGAGGUCCCGGUCCCAGGGGGCUCGCCGAGGUCCCGGGUGCCGGUCCCUGAGGUACAUUGGGUACCGGGCAUUGGGACUGCCCACUAGUCCACCGUCGGCCGCAUCUUUGCUCAAUCAGUCAACGGUCAACCUAUCUAUCCUCCCAUUCAAUACUCAGACUUAAAGGUUUAAAUCAAUGUAUAUUUGUAUUGUAAAUUUUAUAAUAAAAUUUAGUUUUAUUUGCAUUUUACUAAUUUGUAUCAUUUCCUUCACCUUGAAUUAUUUG